UGAGCCAGGAUGCUGAUAGGCUCCCAGGAGAAAAAGGGUUGGGAUUAUAUUAAUAAAAGCAUGGAACAGGAGACGCAGGAGGUUUACCAGAGAAAGUAACUGCAGAGACCUGAGUAAAGGAAUUCAAGAUUUAGAAGAAAGUGAUCCCUCCCACUCCGAUGCCUACCGCUGAAGGCAUGUCCCAAGUGAUACCCUGCCAUGUUCUGAGAGUGGGUCAAACCAUCUGUGUUGACUCUUCGCAGGAAAAUGUCCCUCAUCCACCAGAUCUCUCAAAGCCAAACUGUCAACUUGAUGACUGUGAUCUUGAUAUGACCCUGGACAAUCUCAAUCAGCUAAUGCUGGACCUUGAUCCUACUUUUGAACCAAUCCAGGUUAACAAGAGCCCCACUUGCCCGACCCCCCAAACAGAUUCUUUCUGCGCAAAGGACUCAGAUGGCCCUUCCCACUGUGUGCUGAUUCCCAGAGGAUGUCCUCCCAGCUCAUCGUCUGCUGUGUCUCCCAGUAUCCCCAUCCCCACAACCAGCAGCCUGAGAUGCAGCCCCAAUGGGGCACUUGUUUUCUCCAACUCCCCUACAUCCUAUUUGCCACCGCUUCCGUUUGGAAGUGCUCCCCGGCGCAACCACUCGCCGAAAAAUGACAUAGCAUGUUCCCCAGGUUCAUUGCGCCUAUCGAGCUCCACUAGAAACAGUGCUACCUCGCUUCUCUCCAUGUCCACAUGUUCAGAUACAAGCUACAUUAUGGGCAGCAACCUAUCCUUGGCGGAAGAUGCAGACUUUCCAGACUCUAUCCCUGCUUGCACUCCCGGAUCCUUCAAUGAUGGCUCCAGGUGUCACCCUUUUGACAACAGGCCUUCUCUGACAAAGCCCGGACGUCUGCAUGGCCUGCACAGCACAGAAGCAAGAAGCAGCCCUGCUUCACUUGCUGGUUCUCAGACAGAUAUCCCCUUGCUGCUGGUCAAUGGAGCGCCACAGUUAGACCUGCACAUCUCUGGAUCAGAACCAGACAUCCAGAAAAUCCCUGCUUCUCCCUCAAAACGAAAGUGUUUUCAAACCACUUUCAGUAGCAGCCAACCGUCGAUGAAAUUUGUCAUGGACACGUCAAAGUUUUGGUUUCGUCCACAUAUCAGCAGAGCAGAAGCUGAAAUGCUGUUGAAAGACAAGGAGGCCGGGGCGUUUCUAGUGAGAGACAGCACCUCCUACAGAGGAAGCUUUGGUUUGGCCAUGAAAGUGGAGCAAUCACCCACCACCCUCAUAGCUGCUGCCGAACCAGCAGAAAGCGGCUCGGAUGUUAUCAGACAUUUUCUGAUUGAAUCAUCUGCUAAAGGCGUCCGCAUUAAAGGGUCUUCUCGGGAACCGUACUUUGGUAGCCUCCCAGCUUUGGUUUACCAGCACACAAUCACUCCUUAUGCGUUACCCUGCAGAUUGCUACUGAAUGACCAGGAUCUGGAGGAGAAAGAAAAUGAAAAGACAGAGGACAAAAGUAAAACAGCCUGUAACUUUGUCUAUCUAAACGCGGUUCCCACCGAGAUGCUAACAGGCCCCUGUGCAGUGCACAGGGCGGUGUCCUCAACACUUGAGAAGAAACCCGGCACCUUUGCUCCGACCAUUGUCAACAUGAAGGUGUCUCUGAAGGGUGUAACACUCACAGAUAUCAACAGGAAGCUUUUCUUCAGACGCCACUACCCUGCUUACCUGCUUAGCUACAGUGGUGAAGAUCCAGACAAUCGACUGUGGUAUAAGGGUACACAUUUUGGUGCAAGGAUGUUUGGUUUUGUGGCAAAAGGUGUUGAAGCUGGCAUGGAGAACAUCUGCCACGUAUUUGCAGAAUGCGACCCCCUGCAGCCCUGCAGCAAAGCUGUUGAGUUUAUUCAGGCAGCCAUAACUAAGCAAGAAACAACCAAAUCCUGAAUGCCUUCUACUGCCUGUUUAUACCAUGCUACCUUUGACUGACAGCAUCUAAAUAGCUGGUUUAAGUCUCUUCUGCUGAUAAACUGGUCAGAUUUCUGCCUCUUCUGGACUGAACUACCAGAUUUAAUAUUACUUAAGGUUAAGACUUCAGUAUAACAGGAUAUCCUUAAAGUCUCACAUAGAAAUGAAUGUAUUUUUAACUCAGGACUAUAAAAAAAAAAACAGAAUUCUAAAAAUAAGAUGACGGGGUAUUUUUAGAUUUUGUCUAGGUUGUAAAAACCCAACCAACUACGCCAGACAUCAACUUUAAAGCAACCUUUUAUGUCUUAAAACCGCUAGGAACCAGCACCUUAACUGAAUAUUAACUUGUUAUUCUAUUUGGUGACGUACAGUGUAGUGCUAAAUUAUUUAUAAACUAAUACCUUUCUGUCUUUUGUCUUAUUAAAACAAAAAUUACAAUGUAUUUUAUUUGAAUUUUUAUAUGACAGGCGGGACACAAAAUAGUGCAUAAUUGAAAAGGGACUUUUUCUUUUUUUACAGAUAAAAAUAAUCUGAGAAGCAAGGAUUGCAUUUGUAAAUAGCUCCUUUAUAUUUAAUAAAUCUAAAUAACGCCCAGGGAAAUAAACCGUCUUCAGAAUAAACCUGAUAAGUAAAUACUAAAGAGCUGACUUUGAUCUAAUCUAGUCCUAGUGUAGAUACACGUCACCUGUUAAAGACUCAGAGAUUUGUUAGAGAACAUUAGUUAACAAUGUGAGGAGAAGUUUGCAGAAUGUUUCAGUUGUAAUAGAAUUUCUCAAGCACUUGAAACAGGGCACUCAUCAGUCCAUCCUCUUGUAAAGGGAAAAGAUGAAACAUUCCCAGACAUCCAUCUUUGUUAGGUGAGAAAAAAUAACAGAAGCAGCCGAAGCAAUAAGAGCUGCAGCGUUCCAAGGUUCAGCUGGUACAGUCUAUUAGCUGCACAACUCAAAAACCUGGUAAAGAAGGAAGCAGUUUUUUAUAGAAAAACCUGCUAGAUGAUUGAAAGACUGAAGACUCAAAUUCACCUUAAAUCAGGACAAAAACACUAAACAAGGAAAUGGUUAGAUCAAUUCAUAAUUAUGCAAAGAAAUACUUUGUUCAAACUGAUGACUAAUGGGACUAAAUACAAAUUAAUAUACUCUUCCAAUCUUAUU